AUGCUGGAGAUACUGCUCCGACCCGCCGUUCUGGCACCUACGGUACUCCUCGUGAGCUACGUGCUGUUUCAGCUCUUUCUGAAGCCCUUGAAGCUGCCGGAUCUCCCAAUUCUUGGCGCAAAAGAGGGCGACUGGUUUCCUUUGCUGCAGGCGAAAUGGCGCAACACCAAAGACUUCAAGAACGCUCUCAAGGAACACUAUGCCAAAUACAAGGACCAGACGGUGCUAUGCCCCAUCUUCGGAGCUGGCACCAUCAUUAUUCUCCCAGUCUCGCAAACGCAGUUCGUCAUCGACCAGCCGGACAAUGUUCUCAGUCUGCACGAGCAGGCUAUCGAGAACUUGCAGACCGACUACACCGUCACGGACGCGGAGCUCGUCCGCAACCCGCUGCAUCACAAGCUCAUCGCCACCACCCUCACCAACCAGAUCGGCAACCUGAUCCCCGAUGUCGCCGACGAGUGCUCAUGGAGCUUCGACCGGCACUGGGGCGAGGACACCAAGGAAUGGAAGGAGAUCUGUGUCUACGAUACGAUGCGCCGUGUCAUCGGUAGUGUGUCCAACCGCGUCUUUGUGGGUGCGCCCGCAUGUCGCGACCAAGCGCUGCUCAGCGCCGGCUUGGCCUUCGCCCAGGACGUACCCAUCACGUCCAACAUCGUCCAUAUCAUCCCCAAACCUCUUCGCUAUACCGCAUCUCUGCUCAUCACGCUGCCCAACCGGCUUCACACGCACCAGUUCUUCACGAUCAUCCGGCCCGAGAUCGAGCGCCGCCUGCAAGAGUACGACGUGCGCCACGCCGACCCCGAGAAGAAGGCCAUGGAGCCCGAGCGGAACGACUUUCUGCAGUGGAGUGUGAACCAGGGCAAAGAGACGGGCGACCUGUACCAUUGCCACUGGAAGACACUCGCGGGGAGGGUGUUACUGCUCAACUUUGCGGCCGUUCACACGUCGUCCUUUUCGAUCACGAAUACGAUCCUCGACCUCAUCAGCUCAAAGAAGGAGUACAUUGACGAACUGCGGGAAGAAGUCACCACGGUCCUCGCCGAACAUGGCGGGGAGUGGAACAAAAGGGCAUUAGCCAAGAUGAACAAAUUGGACAGCGUGCUGCGCGAAAGCGCCCGCCUCAAUUCCUUCGUAACCCUCGGCCUAGGCCGUCUCGUAGUUGCCAAAGACGGCCUCACCACGCCGUCGGGCGUGCACAUACCCAAGGGUAAUGUGGUCUUCGUACCAUCGUACUCCGUCCUCUACGACGAUAACAUCUAUCCUGACGCGCAGACCUUCAAGCCCUUCUGGUGGGCGGACCAGAGGACAGACGAGAGCGUCGAGUACGUGACAAGGGCGCGCAACGCAUUUGCGACCACCAGUAACGAGUACCUCGCUUUUGGGCACGGCCGGGGCGCUUGUCCGGGGAGGUUCUUCGCUGCGAAUGAGUUGAAGUUGUUGCUAGGGCAUUUGCUUUUGAAUUACGAGUUCGAGAUGCAGGAGAAGCGGCCCAAGAAUAUGUGGUUUGGGUUAAAUCGGGUGCCGCCGAUGACGGCUAACAUAAAGAUUCGGAGAAGGGAGAAGACGAUUUGA